AUGGCUGGAAAUAAAAAUUUUCAGAAUAAGGAACUAUGUGACGAUAUUGCUCCUGGCCUUCCAGAUCCCAAAACCAACCUUGUUGACGAUAACGUUUGUGAUCUGAUAAGCCGGUCGAUGACCUCGUGCACCGACCCCUCUCAGUUCGGUGCUCUAUUGGAGUUUACUGAUGUUUUGUUCGAAGACAGUUCUUUGAGUGAGCGCUUGUGUCGGUAUCGAUGGUGCUGUGGCGAUUCGUUUACUUGGAUUAAAUUGCUCGAGUGUGGAACCUCCACAGACUACGCCAACGGAUUCCCACUUCGCUUAAUUCUCACUAAUAUGAUGGAUGAUGAUAUGCAUUUAUUACAAGUUUGCCUGGAGAUGCUUUCAUUGAUAAUUGCUGAAAUCGCUGCAGCUGAUGACGAACCAUCCGACCGAACCUCUGAAUGCACCAUAGAUUCGAUGUCCAACGACGCUGUUUCAUCGCUGUUGGACCAGCUUAUCAAGUUGGGCAGCCAUAUUGGAAAUUCACUGUCCACUGGAGAAAGCACUGAUCAUACUGACAUCCAGGUAAAUCCGCUCGCCCUGAGGGUUCUUGCCGUUUAUUUACAGUGGGUCACACAUUUCUACAAACAUCGUAUCCUGACACUUAGCGAGCUGGAUCUUGCCAUCUUCGAUGAGACUGUUUCACAGCCCUUGCCUCCCACUUCGGAGGAAUACCAAGAAUUAACUCAGCGCUUCGAACGCGAUGUCUGGCUGCCUUUAUGCCCUUUUGUAAAUACCGUUUUCCGUCAUGCAUUUUGUUUGGAUGGUGGAGUUCAGGCCGAGCUGUUCGCAAGGUGCCGCAAGCACGUCUGUUCCCUCGCGCGACUUUUUCCUGGCGUUGUCGUCAAUAACCUUGACGCUGAUUUUGCCGACUUCUUACUCGCCUCACAACUUGCAAAACCAUCACACGUGUCCGAAUCUCUUAGUUGCCUCCGAGAUGUCGCUGACUUAUUGAGUACAGCGCUCUGUGUGUCGGCUCUCGUUGACAAAACUGACGACAGUUCUCGCCUGUGUUUCAAAGACACCUGUGUUUCCGUUGUCGGCAAACUCUCUUUCCUCAUUCUUGAUAAGCGUAAUUCACUUCUCGUAGAAGCCCUGUUGCAUGACUUUGAAAACAGCGCUGUCGGCAAUCUCUGCGUUGGCUGUAGAUCAAAGCGUCUGGCCAUCUUUGCUGAAACACUCUCCAAUGUUGUCGGUAUUUUGCUCUUUCUGACGGCGAACGUUUGGCAGUCAGAGGUUUCCAUUCUGUUGGAAGCUACUCAAACUCAUGCUGAAUCGUUGACAGACGUUAAUUCUCACUGGACGAUUGAGCGCCUAUGUGACGCUGAUCUGGAGGUGCUGGGUUACUUGGCUAAACUAUCGCCUUCUUUACUGGACUGGGAUUUCUCCCAUUUGCGAUACUAUCCAUGCAAAUGCUUUUCCUCUUCGCCCACCUUGCGAGCCUCCUCUAGCGCCCUUUUACGGUGUGAAUCGCUAGUCGCCCUUCAAGUUACUGAUCGUGGUAGUGGUGUUUGCGUUCUGAAAGAUGUGGAUAUUUGUUACCCUGCUCCGUGA